AUGGAGGAUCUUGAUCGCAUCAGGAAAUUUCGAAAGCAACUGAAGCAAACCUUGACGGUUCUGGAAACGAAGUGGGCUACCUUGAAAGAAAAGGACCGGGAGGUUCAGGGUCUCAUACCGGAGGAAUUGAUAGAAAGCGAGUGUAAUUCCUGCGAUCAAUACCUCGAGUCAGUCACUGCGAUCAAGUUUCAAGUGUGUUCCGCACUAGACUCCACGACCGCAUCCCGAUCUUUGGCUCACGCAAGUGACGGCGUUAAUGCUACGGGACCUCGACGAUCCUCCUCAGGAGAUCGGAGUCAGUCUACCGGAGUCACUCUACCGAAGCUGCGGAUCGACACCUUUAGCGGCGACCUAUCUAAAUGGCAGGGGUUCUGGGACCAGUUCCAUGCGAGUAUUCAUGCAAACGAACGUCUCACCGAUGUCAACAAGCUGAAGUACCUGGUUGCUCUCGUUUCUGGGCCAGCAGCCCGUGCCAUUGAAGGUCUCUCAAUUAGCGAUGAGAACUACACGACUGCCGUGGACAUAUUUCAGAAGCGAUUUGGGAAGGACGACCUUCUUGUGACCGAAAACAUGGGGCGCCUUUCCGAGCUCAGGACUGUUCGGUCCAGCACCGACGUAAAGGGAUUGCGUGAGCUCCACGAGACUGUUACGGUGCGCAUCAGGAACCUGAAGAGCCUAAAUUUUACGACAGCACAAUACGCAAUUCCGCUUCGGCAGGUCAUCUUGAAGAAGAUUCCUAGAGACCUCGAAAUGGACUUCUACCGAACCAAGGACAAAGGCAAGGACACCAACGGCGACUCUUUAUCAUCCCUACUAGAUUUCCUGGAGAAUGAGAUUGAAUGUCGGGAACGAGCCCGAAGGGAGGCAGAUGACGUUCCCGACAUUCAAUCUCAUUCUCCAGGAAAUCUAGCAGGGAUGAUAAAGAGUCGCCGUUGGUGUCCUUGCCUUUACAACCGCAACAGCAAUUGGUGA